GUGAUCAUGGUGACGGGGACCACCCGGUGGCGGCCAAGGCCAUCGGGGCGCAGGUGGGCAUCAUCUCCGGAGGCAGACCCGAGGGCGUGUGGCGCCUGCACCUGCCCCUGGAGCAGGUAACGCCCAGCCAGGCCCGUGCCCGCGUGGUGACGGGCUCCGAGCUGGCCGCGCUGCCCCCGGGCGCCCUCGAGGAGCUGCUCCGCGCCCACCCCGAGAUGGUUUUCGCCCGCAUGUCGCCCCAGCAGAAACUCGUCAUCGUGGAGAGCUGCCAGCGCCUGGGCGUCAUCGUGGCGGUGACAGGUGACGGCGUGAACGACUCACCUGCGCUGAAGAAGGCCGACAUCGGCGUGGCCAUGGGCAUCGCCGGCUCCGACGCCGCCAAGAACGCCGCGGACAUGAUCCUGCUGGACGACAACUUCGCGUCCAUCGUAACGGGCGUGGAGCAAGGCCGGCUGAUCUUCGACAACCUCAAGAAGUCGAUCGCCUACACGCUGACCAAGAACAUUCCGGAGCUGACGCCGUACCUGAUCUACAUCACGGCCAGCGUGCCCCUCCCCCUGGGCUGCAUCACCAUCCUCUUCAUCGAGCUCUGCACCGACAUCUUCCCCGUGUCGCUGGCCCUCGAAGCCGCCGCUCACAUCAUGCACCUGCGGCCCCGCAACCCCCGGCGAGACCGGCUGGUCAACGAGCCCCUGGCGGCCUACUCGUACUUCCAGAUAGGUGCCAUCCAGUCCUUCGCGGGCUUCACCGGACAUUGCUUAUGGGCCCAGGAGGGCUGGUGGCAGGUGCUGGGGCUCCGCAGCUGGGGGACGGGGCAGCACGAGCAGGAGCUGCAGGACAGCUACGGCCAGCAGUGGACGUUCGGGCAGCGCCGGUACCAGCAGUACACCUGCUACACCGUGUUCUUCAUCAGCAUCGAGAUGUGCCAGAUCGCCGACGUGCUGAUCCGCAAGACGCGGCGCCUCUCCCUGUUCCAGCAGGGCCUCUUCAGGAACCGGACCCUGCUGGUGGCCAUCGUGUUCCAGGUGUGCAUCGGCUGCUUCCUCUGCUACUGCCCGGGCAUGCCCAACGUGUUCAACUUCAUGCCCAUCAGGUUCCAGUGGUGGUUGGUGCCGAUGCCCUUCGGGCUCCUCAUCCUCGUCUCACGACGAAAUCGAAAAACUUCGGUCUUGGCGACACCGGGCAAAUCUCCCGCCGGGCCGCGGCUGCCGCGGGGCCGCUGCCGCCCUCAGGGCGCUGCCGGAGCUCUCUGCCGCACGGGGGCGCCCUCAGAGCCGCCGCCGCCGCCCGUGGUGUCGCUUUCCCGCUCCAUGGCGGGCCGAGCCGCGCCUUCCCCACCGCAUCCUCCCGCUUCAGAGCGGCUGCGGGCGCUGCUCCG